AACAGGGGCAACAACCUGCACGUUAGCGGGCUCGCGCGCUCGAUCACCGACCGCGGCCUCGAGGACCACUUCUCCAAGGUUGGCAAGAUCGUCAAGGCUCAGGUGAUGCUUGACCCGCACACUCAGGAGUCGCGUGGCUUUGGCUUUGUCAUGUUUGAGACGUCGACCGAGGCGGAGAAUGCCAUCACCGAGUUCUCGGGCAAGGAGCUCGAGGGUCGCGUCGUCACCGUCACGCACGCCAAGCGCGGCCGUGCGCGCACCCCCACUCCUGGCCGUUACCACGGC